AUGGGGACCACUGACGGGCACGGCGCUGGUGCUGCAGGGCGCAGGCGGACGCUGGGGAUGGCAUGCGCGACGACGGCGCUAUUCGGCAUGUGCUCCGCGCUGGCGCCGUCGUACUGGUGGUACCUGGUGCUGCGCUGCCUGGCCGGCGCGGGCGUGGCGGGCGUCAGCUCGACGGCGUUCCUGCUGGCGGUGGAGCCCGUGGGGCCGGCCUGGCGGGGCGUGGCCACGCUCGGCAGCGGCUACGGCGCAGCGGCCGGCGGCUGCCUGCUGCCGGUGCUGGCAUUCCUGCUGCCCGGCUGGCGCGCGCUCACCUUUGUGACGUCCGCGCUGGCCGGCCUGGCUCUGUGCACCGCCGUGCCCGUCGUGCCGGAGUCGCCACGGUGGCUGCUCAGCACCGGCCGCAAGGGGGAUGCAACGGCGGCGCUGGCAGCGAUUGCUUCGCGCAACAAGACGCAUCUGCCGGAGGCGCCCCUGGCGGAUGCUGCGGCGUCUGUGGCAGCCAGGCGGGGGCUCUUGGACAUCCUGGGGAACGCAAGGCUCAGACGGCGCAUCGUCUUGAUCCUGUACACUUCUUGCUUUGUCAACAUGGUGGCACAGCAUGCAUGCUGUGUGCAGUGA